AUGAGGGAAAACGAUUUGGAGCCAGACAUCCGCAAUCGUGGACAGGAAGAGGAAAUCGAUUUGGGUGGAUCAAAGGAGGAUCCUGCUAGCUCACGAAACCAAAAGCUAUGUAUAUCAACUUUCCAGCUCCGACGCCCAUGUCCAUCACGGAAGGAACGAAAUCAACAACUCUUCUCGAACCUUUACGUUCGUGCUGUUGUUAAACCCUCUUCAAAAUUAGUCUGGCUGGAACAGCCGACCUGCCAGUUAAGAGCUGUUAGCGUUUUGUUAGGUGCACCUCAAGGUUUUCCUGUCGUCGAUUAUCUUGAAGAAAGCAGUCUUGUGUUUGUGGGCAUCCUUCAAGAUAAUUCAAAUCCACUUAGAAAAGCCCUUUCGUCGUUGACAGGGACUCUCAGAAAAGCAAAACUUCGGUAUACGGACCCACUUAGUCCAGGUCGACUUGCAUCAAGCGACUCUGGCCUAAAGCCGAAAGGUUGCUGCGAAGGGUGUCGGGAGGGAAAUAUGGGCCCAUUCCGAGCAUUGAACAAAGUCGAGAUCCACAACGUACAGGGCUUCAUGACAUUGGGCUUACCUUACAGAACGGGGUAUCACUUCCAGCCGAAAGGGUACUGGAUGAACGAUCCAAAUGGUCCUGUAUACUACAAAGGCUAUUAUCACCUCUUCUAUCAGUACAACCCAUUUGCGGCCAUUCCUGGCAACAUCGAGUGGCACCAUGUCGUCUCCAAAGACUUGAUCCGCUGGAAAUUUCUGGGAGCAACCUUGAAGCGCGAUCAGUGGUAUGAUGCCAAUGGCUGCUUUUCAGGUUCUAUCACAAUCUUAGACGAUGGCACCCCGGUGAUUCUCUACACUGGAAAUUCCUUCGAAAACAAACAGGUCCAAGCGAGGGCUGAUCCCGAGGAUCCAUCUGAUCCCCUUUUAAGGAAAUGGGUUAAGGCUCCUUACAACCCUAUUGCUCCCAUACCUCCCGGUUACAAUUCAUCGCAAUUUCGGGACCCCACAGAAGCAUGGAGACUUUCCGAUGGGAUGUGGCGGAUGCUGGUGGGAGCAAACGCCGGCGAGGGAGGACUGAUAGGGACUGCGCUUUUGUACAAGAGCACGGACUUUCAGACAUGGAAUUUUUCCAACCGUCUACACGAGAAUCCCACAACGGGAAUGUGGGAGUGCCCAGAUUUGUUUCCCGUGAGGAUCAAGGGUAGGAAAGGUCUGAAUGCAUCCGCAGUUGGAAAGGGCGUGUUGCAUGUCCUGAAAGUCAGCUUGGAUCUGAACAAACAUGACUACUACUCGGUCGGAAACUACUUGACAGAAACCGAUACAUACAAACCUCUCAUCGCAGAGAUCGACACUGGCAUCGGACUGAGAUACGACUAUGGGAAGUACUAUGCGUCGAAGACAUUCUUCGAUCCCAUACGUCAAAGGCGCAUUGUAUACGGAUGGACAAACGAGUCGACGAGCACGAUGGACGACGUUGCGAAAGGAUGGGCAGGCCUUCAGUCAAUACCCAGGAUUGUUUAUUUGGAUCAAAGGGCCAACACUAGCCUCAUCCAAUGGCCCAUCGAAGAAGUUCAGACACUACGGCGCAAAAAAAUUACCGUAAAAGACGUGAACCUCGAGGGAGGGGAAGUAGCGCGCUUGAUGGAUGUUUCGGGUGUUCAGCUCGAUAUCGAGGUCGCCUUCAAGAUCCCAGAUGUUAAACAAGGAUCGACGCCCACCGAAUUGAUUGCUGAAUCAGGACCCAGCAUAUGCAGCCAAAAGGGUGCAUCAAUGAGGGGUAUGUAUGGACCUUUCGGGUUACUAGUGCUCGCUUCCAACGAUCUGACGGAGCAGACUGCAGUGUACUUUUACUUUGUGUUUACUAAGAAAGACGGCUGGAAGACUCUUGUCUGCAGUGACCAAAGCAGAUCCACAGUCUCGAUGAACCUUACCCCAGACAAAACAACAUACGGCAGCUACGUGCGCGUCUACGACGAUGAAAAGCUCCUCAAACUACGCCUUCUUGUGGAUCACUCCGUCGUGGAGACAUUCGCACAAGGCGGCCGCACGGUGAUCACCACCAGAGUAUACCCGAAAUUCGCACAAAGCAAAAAUGCGCGUGUUUUCCUGUUCAACAAUGGCUCUGAGACGGUGAAUGUAGACUCGGCCACAGUGUGGAACAUGGCAACAGUGAGGUUUGUAGAUUUUGGACAAUGAGCAAAAAAACUCAGAAACUUCAGCCUAACUUGUAGCAAUACGAGGGCAAAAAUAAUGAAAGAAACCUGCAAGUGAAAGCGGUUUUUGAUAUGCUUCCCAGCCA